GGUUUCUUCCGAUAGACAGUGACGGUGUAGAUGAGGGUGGUGAAGGGUUGUAUAUGGAUUUACAAACACUGGAAACCAUCAGUGAGUUGCCUGAUGCUCCUAAGAUAGACUACACACACGUCUGGAAUCUUCUAUUAUCCACACAAGUACAGCCGGAUCCCAACGGCGAUGUGGAGGAUCUGUUUGUGCCGUUGCUGCUGAGUUGUCUGGGCGCAGGCGCGGUCUGUGCCUAUGUAGUGUUCCUGCACUUCAAGAUACCUACCAAACGCGCUAAGGUGGCUGUGCGUGUGUGUACAGCUCUGCUGAUGUGGGGGGUGGUGGUGACAUGUGCGUACGUUAACAGAGACUUCACGCCUGUUGUGUCGUAUGUGAUGCUCGUGGCGGCUACGGUGGUGGUCGCUGUACCGAUAAAGGAAAUACUGCGGUAUGUCGUGUGCGUACGUUUCUAA